CUUUUUGUGGCGCGUGCGCACAAGCGUCUCCUCAGCCAUCACUAGUUAGACUAGCUAGGUGGCUAACAAACUACUAACUAGCUAUCGGUUGUAGUUUCUCAGGAUUGUGAUAUUUUCCACUGCUUCUUCGUAAUCCACGGGAAGGGUUGUCGUUUUGGCAAGCCUCGCUUAAAGCAUAGCCUUCCGAACGAGUAACAGUCUGCUAUUCCUCACGCAACAAGAUCAGCAGACAAAGUAGGACCAGUCAGACAAGAGACUUCUGCAGCUAUUUGUCCAUGUUAUCAUUCGAUACAAGCAGAGAUUUUUUAGCACCUCCGAAAUCACAACAACAGUGUGGGUCGAGGAGAACUAACUUGGAUCCCUCGGUGAUGUUGACAAAUGUCAUGGUCUAACCCCAAGAAGUAUGAAGCGCAAGAACUCUUUCAAGGAACAUGAGGGCCCCUCGCGGCCUGGUGCGGUUGUUGACCCCCUGAAGAGCUUGGUUGGCUGUCAAAUCCAACAUGGCUGGAGAGAUGCCCCGGGGAAAAUCUCCCGCUGGAAAGGCAUUGUGCUGGACCAGGUCACCAUCACUCCCUCCCUCUACCUGGUCAAGUAUGAGAACGUGGACUGUGUCUAUGGCAUCGAGCUGCUGAAAGAUGGCCGAGUGCAGAAGCUGGAGAUCGUUUCAAAUCGCAUUGACUCUUACCAUGCGAUUGACAACAAGCAGGCAAGGUCCAUGCUAGGCCGGGCUGUGCAGCACAAGUUUGAGAGUGAAGAUGGCUCCAAGGAUGAGUGGAGGGGGAUGGUGCUUGCCCGAGCUCCUAUCAUGACCCCCUGGUUCUUCAUCACCUAUGAGAAGGACCCUGUUCUAUAUAUGUACCAGCUUUUUGAUGACCUCAAAUCAGGGGACCUCCGGUUUAUUCCAGAGGAGUCGUCCCAAGAGGAGCCCGAGCCAGGCGAGGUGGUGGACAGCCUAGUGGGCAAACAUGUGGAGUACAGUCGGGAGGAUGGGGGCAAGCGGAUCGGCCUGGUCAUCCAGCAGGUGGAGUCCAAGCCCUCUGUGUACUUCAUCAAGUUUGAGGAUGACUUCCACAUCUACGUCUAUGACCUUAUUAAGGCUUAGGCAAAACACUGCCUUUUCCUUUUAACAAAAGAAAGUUUUGUAUCCUAUCACUAACCAUGUAUGAUUUUCCCCUUCCACUAAAUUUUUUUGCUGCCUUUGUGGACUGAUAAUCUGUGAUUAUAACUUUGCCAGCAUUAGCCACAUUUGUCAAGUGGAUUAUUAAUCAGUCCAUCUGAUCAUCCUAAUUUCGGGCCACUCCUGUCAGAACACUGGAUGCUGAUUGAACUCUCAAGUUGUGGACCUCUCUUAUUACCUCAUCUUUAGACAUGGCGUGUAGUCGUAUAACCUGCUUCUCUGGGUUUGGGAAAAUUUCAGAACUGAGUGUUUUUCUUCUUGUCUUUUUGUUCAUAUUUUAUUGUUUUGUGUACCAAAGUGAGUAUUUGCAUUACAUGAAUAAUCUCUAUCAGUAAAUCGCCAAUGAUGCAUCUACAUCAAAAUGCGGAACACAGCAGUUUCACUUAUAUGGGUUGUAUCAAUCAGUUUUGCAGUGUUUUCAGUAGCUUAUGCCUACUUUGCUUCACCAGUCACACCUGUUUUUAUUAUUUGAAAAUGAUAUCUUUAUUGUUAGCUUUAUCUUAAAGGGACACUUCACCGAUUAGUAUUAAGCUUUGUAUCUUUAGAAAACCAGUCAUGUUUUUGAAUGGUCGUGCAUCAUUCCCUCAGUUUGCCUUGAGAUGGGAGAUAUAUGGAUUUCAAUGUUGGACUUCCUGCUUUCAAUGAUGUAAAAACCAUCAUUUUACAUCAUUGAAAGCAGGAAGUCCUAUUCAUGGGUUUCAUUGAAAUCCGUAUUUCUCCCAGGCAAACUGAGGGAAUGAUGCACGACCAUUCAAAAACAU